GAUAGCCCCCCGCCUUCCUCUCUUAUUCGUGCCCCGCCCGCCCGCUCGCGGCAUCCGCAGCUGCUUCGUCGUCCUUCGCCCCUUCCUUCUCUCUCGCCGCCCGGGGAGGCGGAGGGCUCUCCCGGCUCCGGGGAAGAGGCCGCCAUUGCUGGUGCCGCUCUGAGUGGGGAAGAUGGUUGUCCAGGAGUUCAUAGUUGAUCUCAACAAGCCUCUUGUUUUCCAGGUUGGUCAUCUUGAGGAACGUUACCAGGAAUGGGUUCACCAACCUAUUGUCAGCAAGGAGGGUCCACGUUUUUUUGGAAAUGAUGUCCUGGAGUUCUUGACAUGCACGAAGUGGUGGGCUGUGCCAACCAUAUGGCUGCCUGUUGUUUGCUACUUGUUCGCGAAAUCUAUUUUGAUGGGCCAUACCAUUCAGGAAGUAGUUCUGAUGGCUCUGUUUGGAAUAUUUAUUUGGACGUUGAUUGAAUAUACUUUGCACCGCUUUCUAUUCCACAUUGAGACUAAAACCUACUGGACAAACACUGCACAUUACCUUCUUCACGGAUGCCACCAUAAGCACCCAAUGGACUCGCUCAGGCUUGUAUUUCCUCCUACUGCAACAGCGAUUUUGUGUUUCCCGUUCUGGAACCUUGUUGCAUUCUUUGCAACUCCAUCUACCACUCCUGCAUUAUUUGGCGGUGGUCUAUUGGGAUAUGUGAUGUAUGAUUGCACUCACUACUACCUGCACCAUGGACAACCAUCCAAAGAUCCAGCAAAACAUCUCAAGCGGUAUCACCUCAACCACCACUUUAGAAUCCAAGACAAGGGCUUUGGCAUCACCUCAACGCUCUGGGACACUGUUUUCGGUACAUUACCACCAUCGACAACCGGGAAGAAGAACUGACGCACAUAGCACAAUUCUUGGCAUGAGAUUCUAGGGGAUUUGUAAUAUAUUCAAGCUAGGUACAAUUCUAGUUCUGUCUUGGUGUGAUGGGUUUCACAUGUCCAUUCAGUUCAAAGUUCCUGUGUACUGAUUCUGUUGAUCUAUUCUAAUGUGAAGUGAUUUUGUUGGCUCAACAUUCUAUGCAGUGCCAGCGGUCUACAAAAUCACCUGUUAGGCUCUUUAUUCUUUCUGUUUAUUUCUCAAAAUCGGAUCAUUAGAUACUUGCAGAUGCGAGAUCC